AGCGCGUGUGUAUGUGUAGUGGUUCGUCGUGUGUGUGUGUCGGUCUGUAUUAGCUUGGUGAUAUUUUUAAUUGUGCGCCCGCUCUGUGCCCGCCUCAGCCCACCAGUCCGCGUGCUAUCGAUGCCGCCGCCGUUGUUGGUCGACCCGUUGUCAAAUUAAGAAUUUCGACGGCAUUUGUCGUUAGUUAGCAACAACAGCAGCAGCAGCAACAUUUACAGCUGCGACUCGUGCCCACAACAAAAAAAAAACAACAGAAACAAAACAAAACGCCAGCGUCACCUUGAAAGUGCUAGUCAUCAACGUUUGUUGCAACCAAAAGUUGGUCAAGUCUGGAUUGAGCAGCUGCUGUGGCCCAUAGUGCGGUGGUGUCAAGUUUUGUAGCUGCACGCUUUUGUCACGUGGCUGAGACGCUAGCAACAAAUUUUUGUAGCUAAACAAAAGAGAGCGCGCGCUCGCUCUUCCGCUCUCUCUCUCUCUCUCUCUUUCAACAUGUUCUCACUGCAGCAACUGAUCAAAGCAGCAGCAGCAGCUGGCAGCAGCAGCGGCAAUGGCUGUGUGGGCGGCGAUCUCUACAAGUUCCUCAGGCAACAAGCAGCUGUGUUAGGCGCACGCAGCGUGACGUCAUCGACCACAAACACAACAGCAACAGCAACUGAAACUGAAGCAAUACCAAAGCAAUCUAGUCAAACGGCAACAAGCGAAACAACAGCCACAACUACAACCAGUCACAAUUUGCCAGCGACAGCGCACGGUGGUUGCUGUUUGAGCGAAUCAAAUUUGGAGUUGGCGUCGGCGCAUAUCGUUCAACAACAGCAACAUUUAUUAAAGCAAUUCGUGCCUCAGGACAUACAACGUCUCUUCCAUACGCAAAGCAGCGUUUCGGCCAAAUCAACGCCACAUCAUCAGCAACAACAGACAACAAAGUUUGCCAUGUCUUCACUAGCACAGAGCAGACUCCACGCGGAAGGCCAUUAUGCCUUCAGCAACAACGCCGCAGCGGCGGCAGCAACAAGCGGCAGCAGCAAUGGCGCCGUCUGCCACGAGGCGGACUCCAGUGCAGCCGGCAAGAAGCCUUGCUUCAAUACUGGACUCGCUGAUAUUUUGCAGUUCAUGGAGCUCAUUGGCAAUCUUAAGCAUACGAAGCGCACUGGCUGGGUGCUGCGUGAUGUGAACGAUUGUGAAUCCAUAAGCGGACACAUGUAUAGGAUGAGCAUGUUGACCUUUCUGUUGGAUGGCAGCGAGGGUCUCAAUCAAAUACGCUGCAUGGAGCUGGCGCUGGUGCAUGAUCUGGCCGAGAGUCUAGUGGGCGAUAUAACGCCCUUCUGUGGUGUAUCCAAGGAUGAGAAACGCGCCAUGGAAUUUAAGGCUAUGGAGGAUAUUUGCAAGUUGAUUGAGCCACGUGGCAAGCGCAUUAUGGAGCUCUUCGAAGAAUACGAACACGCUUCACAGUCACAAAUAUUGGAUUUAUGUUUUAAUAUUUAAAUGAACUGCUCGAAACAGAGUUUUGAGUAUGAAAAGGCGCGACAAUUGCUUUGCUUAAGGCAUCAGGAAUUCUUUUGA